AUGGACGAAAACAGCCAUGCCAAUCUGCGCGUUACGCGUUCGAAAACGCUUCAGGAGCCCGCGGCCAACACAAGACAAUCUUUGACUAGAGGACGCAGUGCGCUGACGGAUUUGAACGGAGCCAACUCCUUCGGAAUAGUCAAGGCCAGCGCUAAACCUAAAACAACCGUUUUCAACAAAGAAAAUGUCAAUCCGCAAGCAGCGCACUCGAAGAUACCUCGCCCUUCUCAGAGGCAACAGCAGGCGAAGGUCUUGGACAGCAUAGACAUACGGAACGCGCCAGACUUCCCAGAAGAAAGGCGCUCUUCACUCAAGAGACAGGCCACCGAGGCAAGUACCGACCUGAUAGAAAGAAGCAAUUUGCUUGAGGUCAAGAAGCCAAAAACCGACUACGAAUGGGAGGAUUUGGACGCCGAGGACCAUGCGGAUCCGAUGAUGGUUUCCGAGUAUGUCAACGAUAUUUUUGACUACAUGAAGGUGUUAGAGGUGAGGACUUUGCCAGAUAGGGACUAUCUUCACUGGCAGAGGUCUCUCAAACCAAAAAUGCGGUCCAUUCUUGUGGACUGGAUAGUUGAGGUCCAUCUCAGGUUCAGGCUGCUCCCUGAAACUCUGUAUCUUGCAAUCAAUAUCAUGGAUAGGUUCAUGUCUAAGGAGAGUGUGCAAGUUGAGAAGCUCCAACUUCUGGCGACCGGCUCGCUUUUCGUCGCUGCUAAGUACGAGGAAGUAUACUCGCCCUCGGUCAAAAACUACGCAUACGUGACCGACGGUGGUUUCACCGAAGAGGAGAUCCUGAGCGCAGAAAAGUUCAUUUUGGAAGUCCUUGACUUCAACAUGAGCUAUCCUAACCCAAUGAACUUCUUGCGGAGGAUAUCGAAGGCCGACGACUACGACGUGCAAUCACGGACUGUGGGAAAAUACUUCCUGGAAAUUUCCAUCAUAGACCACAAGUUUAUCGGUCUCUUGCCCUCGCGUUGCUCUGCUGCUGCAAUGUACGUUUCGAGAAAGAUGCUUGGAAAGGACGAAUGGUCCGGCAACCUGAUUCACUACUCAGGCGGAUACAAGGAAUCCGACAUCAAGGAGGUCUGCGAGAUGCUAAUUGAGUAUCUCGUUUCCCCAAUAAUCCACGAGGAGUUCUUCAAGAAAUACGCAUCCAAGAAGUUCAUGAAGGUGUCCAUUCUCGCCAGGCAAUGGGCCAAAAAGCUCGUUGCAGAAGGCAGGAGCAUAAUGGAUCCAAACUGA